AUGAACCAUCUUCUUAUUCUACUGUUCACCUGCUGCAUUCCAUACCUCAGUAAUGGCAUUGAGUUCAAUUAUCCAGCAGUUUUCAACUUUGGUGACUCGAAUUCCGACACCGGCGAUCUGGUCGCCGGUGUCGGUGACAAUCUCGAUCCUCCCAAUGGCCAGACGUAUUUCAAAGGACCAUCUGGGAGGUUCUGUGAUGGCCGCCUCAUUGUUGAUUUCUUAAUCGAUGCAAUGGACUUGCCGUUCCUAAACGCGUACUUGGAAGCUCUCGGUGUCCCGAAUUUCCGCAAAGGAUGCAAUUUUGCGGCUGCCGGUUCCACUAUUUUACCGCCAACGCCAAAUUCCGUUAGCCCGUUUUCGUUUGGGAUUCAGGUGGCGCAGUUUUUUCGGUUCAAGUCUCGGGUUCUUCAAUUGCAGUCUAAGUCAAGAAGGUUCAACAAGUACUUACCAGAUGAAGAUUAUUUUAGCCAAGGGCUUUACAUGUUCGAUAUCGGACAAAAUGAUCUUGCAGGUUCAUUUUACUCGAAAUCGUACGACCAAAUCGUGGCUUCGAUUCCGUUGGUUUUGAUCGAAUUUGAAGCCGGAAUCAAGAAGUUAUACGAUCAAGGGGCAAGAAACUUUUGGGUUCAUAACACAGGACCACUCGGGUGCCUGCCCCAAAACAUUGCAAAGUUUGGGACAGAUCCCUCAAAGCUCGAUGCACUAGGUUGUGUUGCUGCGCACAACAAAGCAUCGAACAUUUUCAACCUGCAAUUGCAUGCGCUUGUCACGAAAUUGCAGGCUCAGUAUUUAGAUGCCAAUAUCACCCAUAUCGACAUCUUUACGAUCAAAUCUAAUCUCAUUGCGAAUUUCUCAAAAUACGGUUUUGAACAACCAACGACUGCUUGUUGUGGGUACGGAGGUCCGCCUUUGAACUACAACAGUCAGGUAGCUUGUGGCCAAACGAAGACCAUAAAUGGCAGCUCAAUCACAACCACUGUAUGUAAUGAUACAACCGAAUACGUGAAUUGGGACGGAAUCCACUACACAGAGGCCGCAAAUCAACAUAUUGCUUCGCAAAUACUCACGGGAAAGUUUUCAGAUCCACCCUUUGCUGACAAAAUGCCGUUUCUUUUGAAUCUCAAGUUCUAAAAUACUUAAAUAUGAUCCAUUCAUUUAAUUUUCUAUUCAACGUUUGAUUGA